AUGCUUAAUUGUGUAGCUAAUGAGAACAAAGAUAGAAUGAAGCGUGACAAAAAUCUUAUCGUCUUUGGCAUUCCAGCAUCGACUAAAAAAGAACCUAACGAGAAGCAAGUAGACGAUGAGAACAAAAUAAAAGAGCUUCUAACCAACGUUAAAAUUAAUUCGGACAACAUAAUAAAAUGUUUUCGCUUACGGUCAAAAGAUCCGAAUAAACCUCCACCUAUUAUAGUUGAGACGACAGACACUGUCGCCAGAAAUAAUAUUGUUAAAGCAGCCCGGCGUAAAUUUGAAGGCAUCUAUGUUAAUCCAGAUCUGACAGAAGCACAAAGAAGACAAGAUAGACAAUUACGAGACGAGUUGAAAAAGAAAAACGAGCCUCUUAAUUUAAAAAACAACUGGGCAAAGACAAAGCGAAAGUCAUUUUCAACUAUUAGUCUACUACAACAGUCAGCUUUCCAUAAAAUACCAUGCUGUUAUACCAAUGCUACAUCUCUUAACAAUAAAAUGCCAGAGUUUCUAGCAUCAAUUGAGACAUACAACCCUAAAAUAAUCUUUGUUACAGAAACUUGGUGGCAUGAAUCAUCGAUAACUAACAUUGAAAACUAUAUGUUAUUCAGAAAAGAUCGCGUGUCCAGUAGAGGAGGUGGGGUGGCUAUUUAUGUCGACACUUCAUUAAAACCUAAUGAAGUAAGCGAAAUUGUUUUAUUAGAUUCCCCUGAACAAAUUUGGUGCGAAAUAUCGUACGGUUCCGAACACAUCCUUCUGGGUUGUAUAUACAGGCCACACACGCUAGAUCCACUCGAGAAUAUUGAAGCGUCCAUUAUUAAAGCGAAUGAACUUCUGUCUAAUAUAUACAGCGGCUUGUUGAUUUGUGGAGACUUUAGUUUGCCAGGGAUUAACUGGGAUUUGAGCAGUAUCCUAACUGUCAGCAACACAGAUAUCCUUUCAAGUAAUUUUAUUGACAUCCUCGCCGAGUCGUUUUUGAUACAAUUUGUUACUAAGCCCACUUUUCAACUUGAUGAAAUUACAUCGAACAAUACUCUUGAUCUAAUUAUAGCCGAAAAUGAAAAUCGGGUCCUCGAUAUUAUUCACCAUGCACCUUUAACGUCUCUGAAGAAAUCUCACCACGUCCUUCAAUGGGAUUACGUUGUUAAAAGCGCUGCAGUUGUAGGAAAACACAUUGAAAAACGCGUUUAUCAUAAAAGUAACUUUGUAAAGAUAUCCGAAUAUUUUAACAAUAUCAACUGGCAGAUGGAAUUCAAUGGACACAAUACUGAUGACUGUUAUAACAUUUUCCUGAACCACUACGAGGCUGCAUGCAAAAAUUAUGUCCCAGUGACUAACUUAAAAUGGAUUCGUCGUAGAAGUGAAUGGAUGAAUGAUGACAUCAAAAAUAAAAUAAAAGCUAAAAAUAAACUAUGGUUUCGAUGUAGAGCGAAUGGAUAUAAAAAUCUUAAACUAGUCAACGAAUACAAAGCGUGUAAUAUUCAAUUGAAGAAGCUCAUAUAUAAAGCUCGUUGUGAGUUUGAACUUGAUUUAGCGAUAAAAUCGAAGCACAACCCAAAGAUCCUGUUCAAGUAUGUUAAUAGUAAACAAAAUGUUAGAACUACAAUAACAGCCUUAAAAGGAAUCAAUGGCAACACUAUCACAAAUCCAAUAGAAAUUGCAAAUUGGCUGAACAAUCACUUUCAAAGUGUUUUCAACAAAAAUGAAGACGAUGAACUGCCAUAUUUUAUAAAACGAACUGAAGCCAUCUGCAAAUACUCGCAAAUAACGCUAGAUCUGGUUAAAAACAAGCUGAGCAAUUUAUCAGUUGACAAAACCGUUGGUUUGGAUGGUGUAAGCGCAUAUGUACUGAAGAACUGUUCUGACAGCUUCUUAAUACCUUUAAGCGCAAUUUUUCAGAAGUCGCUAUAUAGUGGGUGUUGUCCUAAAGUAUGGAAAAAAGCUAAUGUAACACCACUGUUUAAAAAUGGAAGUAGACUCGACCCAGGCAAUUACCGGCCUAUAUCCUUAACAUCAGUUGUAUGUAAAGUGAUGGAGAAAAUAUUACGUGACACUAUGGUCAAUCAUUUAGUCGAACAUAGCCUUAUUUCAAAAAAUCAACAUGGUUUUGUCAAUAAAAAAGCUUGUGUGACUAAUUUGUUGGAGUCGAUUGACAUGAUGUCAAAAGCAUUAUCUGACAAGAUAUCUAUGGACGUAGCUUUUAUAGAUUUCAGUAAAGCAUUCGAUAUGGUUCCCCACAAGAGACUAAUUUACAAACUUGAGGCAUAUGGUUUUACUGGAAAUCUCCUGAAUUGGAUAAAAUCGUUUUUACACCAGCGUUUUCAACGAAUCGUCAUGGGCGAUUAUGUUUCCUCGUGGCUUGAGGUAUUUAGUGGCGUCCCUCAAGGAUCCGUAUUAGGUCCAAUACUUUUUAUCAUUUUUGUGAACGAUAUAUCCGAUAUUGUUAACCAUCCAUGUAAAAUGUAUGCUGAUGAAUCUAAACUGCUGGCCCGUUUAGACCACCCAUUAGAUUCACAAAUGCUUCAAACUGAUAUCUACAACAUAGCCGAUUGGUGUAAUACCUGGAAAAUGAAACUUAAUCUCGAUAAAUCUAAUAACAAUAACAGUGUCGAACUUGCAUCAACUUUAGUCGAACGUGAUUUAGGCGUCAUGAUUACACCAGACUUAAAAUGGCAUAACAGUUCAACUUUAACCACCAAUAAAGCUAACCGUGUAUUAGGCAUGUUGUAUCGUACUUUCAGUCACAUGACUCCGCAACUACUUAAAAUUCUAUAUACAACUUUUGUACGACCUCAUCUGGAAUUUGCGGUAGCAGCCAGCAAUCCAUCAUCAAGAAUAGAUAUUGACAAAAUCGAGAAAGUACAAAGAAGAGCUACCCGUUUAGUACCUUCGUACCGUCUUAUGUCAUUCAAAGAUCGUCUGAAUAUACUGAACUUAACGCACCAGUUUUUUACUAACCGAAUAGUGAAUCAUUGGAAUGCAUUGCCGUCAGAAGUUGUAUGCGCUUCAUCAGUUAACAGUUUCAAAGCUAAGCUUGAUGCAGAAAUUUCAAAUAAUCCGCAUAAGUAG